AUGGACUUGAGUAUCCCCUCCCAUGACACUGCACCUAACCCCUCCUAUAACCUUCCUCACAACCCCUCCCAUAAUCCUCCUCACAAGACCUUCCAUAUCCCUCCUCACAACCACUUCCAUAACCCUGCUCACAACCCCUCCUAUAACCGUGCUCACAACCCCUCUUAUAAGCCUGCUCAUAAUCCCUCUCAUAACCCUCCUCACAACACCACCCAUAACUCUGCUCAAAACCCCUUGCAUAACCCUCCUCACAACCCCGCUCUAGCUCUGCUCACAAACCCUCCCAUAACCCUCCUCACAAACCCUCCCAAAAAACUCCCCACAACCCCUCCCAUAACCCUGCUCAUAACCCCUCACUUAACCCUACCUCCCAUUAAACUGCUCAGAACCUCUCAUAACCUUCCUCAAAACACCACCCAUAACCCUGCUCAUAACACCUCCCAUAACCCUCCUCAUAUGACCUCCUAUAACCCCUCCCAUAAGCCUCCUCACAACCCCUCCUAUAAGCCUCCUCACAACCCCUCCCAUAACCCACCUCACAACCCCUGCCAUAACCCUCCUCACAAACCUUCUCAUAAAACUCCUCACAGCUCUGCCCAUAAUGUUCCUCACAACCCCUCCUAUAACCCUCCUCACAACCUCUUCCAUAACCCUGCUCAUAACCCCUCCCAUAACCCUCCUCAUAACCCUUCCCAUAACCCUCACAAAACCACCCAUAACCCUGCUCAUUACGCCUCCCGUUACCAUGCUCAGAACCUCUCCCAUAAGCUUCCUCACAACAACACCCAUAACCCUCCUCACAACCCCUCCCAUAACCCACCUCACAACACCUGCCAUAACCCUCCUCACAACCCCUCCCAUAACCCACCUCACAACACCUGCCAUAACCCUCCUCACAAACCCUCCCAUAAAACUCCUCUCAACUCUGCCCAUAAUGUUCCUCACAACCCCUCCUAUAACCCUCCUCACAACUCUGCCCAUAAUCCUCCUCACAACCCCUCCUAUAACCCUGCUCACAACCCCUCCCAUAACACUCCUCACAACACUUUCCAUAACCCUGCCUCACAACCCCUCCCAUAA